AACUUGCCACGAUUGUCUGCUGGCUUUUUAUUUGUAAGCGUUGUACACUUAAUGGUAGAGACACUAAACAGGUGGUGGGGGGGAGAAAGUGUUAUAAGAGCUGUCGCAACUCCAGGAAGAGAAAAAAGAAAGCAGCUUCUGGCUGACGACGCGGCGGGUACUACGAGCGGGUUCUUUGACGAAGGAUUGUAGAUGCUGGGAGCCGACGCCAGGGGGCCCCAGAGAGCACGAGGAGGCUCGCCGUGUGUGAGGGAAGGUGGAGCCCGGCGGAGCAGGCGGGAGGGCCGCUGGGAAAGAGGGUCGGCGGAGACAGGCCGAGGCCGAGCCGUGCGUGGGGGACCAGGGCUGCAAAUAAAUCCACAUCGAAGAAAAUGAGUGACAGUGAUGAUGAUAUGCCUCAGCUUUCAUCCCAAGCCUUAGCUGCUCUACAGGAAUUCUACAAUGAACAGCAGCAGAGAGAAGAUAGUAAGACUACAGCAAAAAUUAAUAACUAUUCUCUUGGCUCAAUAGAAGAGAACUGGCAACUGAGCCAGUUUUGGUAUGAUACUGACACUGCACUUUGUUUGGCUGAUGAAGCUAUAAGAGCUGCUGGGAAAGGUGGCCGGAUAGCAUGUGUUAGUGCUCCCAGCAUUUAUCAAAAAUUGAAAGAGCAGGCUAGCAAAGAUUUUUCAGCAUGUAUAUUGGAAUACGACCAAAGAUUCUCUGUGUAUGGAACGGAAUAUGUUUUCUAUGAUUACAACAAUCCCUUGAAUCUCCCAGCCAACCUCACAGCACACAGUUUUGACAUAGUCCUAGCAGAUCCACCCUACCUCUCUGAAGAGUGUCUCAGAAAAACAGCAGAGACUAUAAAAUACUUAACUAAAGGAAAGAUUCUGCUUUGUACAGGAAACACAUCUUUCUCUGCUUCAUGUCACGCAAGUUACACAAUGAGGGACCUGAUCGUGGAUCUGCUGUCGUGUGUAGUUCGGCCCUGUAGCUGUGUGGCAGAGAUAAAUGGAUUGUACUUUGAUUUGGAAACCUCUUGGUGUUUAUUAAUCCCUAGAAAACCACCACUUUUGCUAGAAAAUCUGAGUGUGAGAAACCAGGCUGGAUGGCCUACUUGGAAAAUGAGUAGAGCCAAGGAGCAAUUUCAUAUUAAGCUGAUGCUUGAAAUAUAGAAAUUUGUAAAGGAAGGGUUCUGUAUUUAUUAAUCUGUUAAGGAGAGGCAGCAGCUUUUUCUGCAGCAUCCACAAUUUACGGGACUCUUCUACUAUUAGAGCUUUUGGCUCACACACUCCUCUAAUCUGGCAGUUCUCUGCUCUCACCAGUGGAAGCCAAGACAUAUUCCUUCCACCGUGUUUGAAUUGGCACAGCAGUUUGGUAGUGCUUAUCUGAUCUU